AUGGUGGGAUGGUCUGAGAAACCAUUCGUUGCAGUAAGCUUCAACUAUCGUAUCGGCGCGCUGGGAUUCCUUCCUUCGACAGUGUCGGCCCAGGAGGGCAUACUCAAUCUCGGGCUGCAUGACCAGAUCCUUGCGUUCAAAUGGGUCCAGGAGAAUAUCGAAGCGUUUGAAGGGGACCCCUCACAAGUGACGCUCGUCGGCCUGUCCGCAGGAGCACACUCAAUCGCACACCAUAUCAUGAACUACGACCUCGGCACCUCCCUCUUCCACCGAGCCGUCAUCGAGUCUGGCGCAGCAACCUCCCGCGCCGUACACCCAUACAACGGCCAACUGCACGAAACCCAAUUCCAAGAAUUCAUCACAGAAGCUGGCUGCGCCGAUAGACCGCAAUCGGACAUAAUGAACUGCCUGCGCAGUCAACCCUCAUCAACAGUCAUCAACGCCUCCUUCACCAUCUUCGACCGAUACAACCCCUCCGUCCGCUGGGCCUUCCAACCCGUCAUCGACGGCGACCUGAUCAAGCGCCGCCCAAUCGACGCCUGGCACUCGGGGAAAUGGAACAGACUGCCAAUCCUGACCGGCUUCAACACAAACGAAGGAACAUACUACGUCCCGUCCGCGAUGUCGCAGUCCUCCGAAUUCACGAGCUUCUUCCGCACCUUACUCCCCGCCUACUCGGACAAGGAUAUCAAAGCCAUCGACGAGCUCUACCCAGACCCCGCGAUGGAUCCGUCCUCCCCAUAUCUCGAAACUAGAAACAUACCAGUAGGUCCGCAGUAUAAGCGCGUGGAAGCCGCGUAUGGUCAUUACGCGUAUGCCUGUCCGGUGAGGCAGACGGCAGCUCUCGCCUCGGCAGGACAGGAAGAGCCCGUUUUUCUGUAUCGGUGGGCGCUGAAUAAGACGGUCCAGGGGGGCGCGAACCACGGUGAUCAGAUGGCAUAUGAGACGUUUAAUCCGGAGGUGCGAGGGAUUUCGAGGAGUCAGGAGGAGAUCGCGGGGAUGUUUCAUGCGUACAUUACCUCGUUUAUUGUGACUGGGGAUCCAAAUGCGGUUGGGGGAAGGUAUGAGAAUCGCACAGUGUGGAAGCCCUACGACGCCUCGGUGUCAUCUGGACGCGAAAUUAUGGUCUUUGGGGAAGGGAAUGAUGAACGUGCUGGUGGGAGUGGUACGGGUGUUGCGGCGCAGCUGGUGGAGGACGAAUGGAGUCGAAAAGAGUGUGACUUUUGGUGGACAAAGGCCGGUAUCUCAGACUUGAGAUAA